AGAAGUCCCGUCGGGUUGGUGUCACUGAUUAUCCCCAAAUACAAGAAGCGAGACAAGUCUUCCUGUGAUAAUCACAGGCGGAUUAGCUUGACUAAUAUGGUACCUGAAGUUCUAGGCUCAAUAAUCAUGCGUAGACUAAGCGGUCAACGGGAGGAACAAACACGAAAGAACCAGACAGGCUUUAGACCAGGAAGAGGGUGUAUCGACCAUAUCUUUACCCUUCGACACAUUCUGGAAUAUAGGCAUACUUACCGGCGUCCAACAAUCGUCAUAUUUCUUGACCUAAAGGCAGCAUUCGACUCUGUCGAUCGGGAAGUUCUCUGGAGAUGCUUGGCUGUAAAGGGAAUUCCAAGAAAAUAUAUUGCACUGAUUAAGGCACUCUACUCGUACUCAUACAGCCCGGUGAGGGCUUACGGCGAGCUGUCAUCUGAACUGAUGACGACCAGUGGUGUCCGUCAAGGAUGCCCAUUAUCUCCUUUUCUAUUCAACUUCAUCAUAGAUGUGUUAAUGGACUUAACCUUAAGUGACUUCAGCUACUCAGGGAUUGACUUGCUACCGGGGAAUAAUCUCGUUGACUUGGAAUAUGCAGACGAUAUAGUCCUUCUAGGCGAAGACGCUGACGAAAUGCAGAGUCUUCUAAACACCUUGAGCCGCAAUCUACGAAUGUUUGGCAUGCGAUUCGCUCCCGCCAAAUGCAAGAUGAUGUUACAGGACUGGACUACAUCGACGCCUAGUUUAAAAAUAGGAACUGAAGUGGUAGAGCACGUUGACCGCUUCACUUAUUUGGGAAGUACCAUCAGCCCCAACGGGCUGAUCUCUGACGAAAUCUCAGCACGAAUACAAGGGGCUCGUUUCGCAUUUAUUAGUUUACGCCGACUCUGGCGUAGACGAGAUGUUCGACUAUCGACCAAAGGGCGGGUGUACUGCUCAUCAGUCCGCUCCGUCCUCCUUUAUGGCUGUGAGACCUGGCCACUGAGAGUGGAAGACAUGAAAAGACUAGCUGUCUUUGAUCAUAGGUGCCUGCAUUCUAUUUCCCGUGUAAAGUGGCAUAAUAAGGUGAGCAACAUGGAGGUUAGGCGUAGAGUUCUGGGUAAACAGGGGAAAUCAAUCGACGAAGUCGUGAAGCUACAAAGACUGAGAUGGUUAGGACAUGUGUUACGUAUGCCAAGCCAUCGCCUUCCUCGACGAGCUAUGUUAGCGGAUAUAGGGUCAGGCUGGAAAAAAGCUAGCGGCGGUCAAACAAAAACUUGGCAUCAGUCAAUGAAAUCCACAACAGUUGG